ACCAAUCACAAAUGAGCUGUCGUGUCCAAAAGAAACUACGGGAAGCCAGUUAGCUCAAAAAAACCCAUGACUGCUAACAGUCAUCUACAGAGGCAAAAACACGGCGGUUCUCGGAAAAGACAUUUAAAAAAAUGAGAAGCAACAGGUGUGCCCUGCAGAUGGGAGGUGCGCUCCUCCUCCUCCUCCUCUCCCCGUUACACGUCCUUUCUCAGGUCCCGCCUUACGAGCAGCAGCCGCCACCGAUUGUGGGCAGUGCAGCCCACAUACCCAGCCAGCACACGCGUCUGGACAGGAACAUGGUCCAGGAUCAGGACCACAUCAUGGAGCAUUUGGAAGGAGUCAUAGACAAACCAGAGAAAGAGAUGACGCCGCAGGAGCUGCAGCUGCAUUACUUCAAAAUGCACGAUUAUGAUGGAAACAACCUGCUGGACGGUCUGGAGCUGGCCACGGCGAUCACGCAUGUCCACAAAGAGGAAAAGGGAGAGCACAGUCAACCCAUGAAGGAGGAGGAUCUCAUUGCUCUGAUCGACGACGUUUUAAAAGAUGACGACAAAAACAACGACGGGUACAUCGAUUAUGCCGAGUUCGCCAAAUCCCUGGAGUAGAGUCCAUUUGGUUUAGAGGAGUUGGCAGAAAGGGGAGAAGAGCGUGAAGCUAAAGGGAAGGAGGCCUCCACAUUUGUUUUUCUGCCGCUCACGCCUAAUAAUCAGGGCUGUCUGUAAUUCACAAAGCUGGUGACCGUUCAUUUGGAGCAGCUGUUGGAGCACAACUCAUACCUCUAGAAAUUUGAUCAACAGAUGUGCUGGAACACGUGCCAUUUAGCACAUCUGUAAAGUCCUGUCAGUCUCGCCAAACUCCCAGCUGCUUUCUACCAAAGUCCAACAGUCAACGUCCCGACAGACUGGCCGCAAAGACGCGCUUGUAACCUAAACUAAAACUGAUGCUGCCUCCAUCUGCCAGGCUGCUCUAGCAUUUACUAAAACACUGUCAAACUGACUGAAGUAUUUCCAUUUCACAUGCAGCCGCUCACAUGGAGUUUGAAGCUCAGCAUUGUGGACCAAACAAGCUCGUCUGUGAGUCCGGUUCACAGGUUGGUUCGGUGACGACAGAAACGUGGCCUUUACUUGAUCCAGAUGUGUGAAUGAAUGAACGGAUGAGAUGCUUCCACACUGAGCCCGCCCGGCGCCUGUGCAGCCGUCAUCCUUUGGCCUCUGAGGUGAAGCAGAGCUGCACUGACGUCACCGUGGUGACGGUAAAGCACUUGAAUGUAACUUGUUCGUUUCACACGCUCGCUGCCUUUAAAACACGUCAGGUCAAAGGUUGUUGAAUCCAUCUGUGACUUCUUCUACAGUGUUUUUCAUGUAGAUGAGUGCUGUGUUUAUUGCCAUCCAUUGAUGAUUCUUAUGUAAAGAUAUAAUAAAUCAAACUCUGGAGUAUCAAAUAAAUCAAAGAGUCUAAUUUA